GACACGUGACUGCUGUUGGAUUUCCUUCGCUUAUCUUCAUACUUUCCCGUGUUUGCUGAAGGCAUGUGCCUGUUUAUCUAGUGCAGCCUUGCCCAAUGUUGAUGACGCUGCAGAAGAAUUUCCGCCAAGUUUGGUUCGGUUUCGACACAACUCAAAAGGCUUCCACCGAAGCAGAAAGCUUCCCCUCACAUCGCCAAGAUGCUGAACAUGUGGAAGGUUCGGGAGCUCGUAGACAAAGCAACCAAUGUGGUGAUGAACUACUCCGAAGUGGAGUCAAAAGUCAGAGAAGCAACAAAUGAUGACCCCUGGGGACCUUCCGGGCAGCUGAUGGCUGACAUUGCAAGAGCCACAUUUAUGUACGAGCAGUUCCCAGAGGUGAUGAAUAUGCUGUGGGCGAGGAUGCUCAGGGACAACAAGAAAAACUGGAGAAGAGUUUACAAGUCGCUGCUUCUUCUCGCUCACCUCAUCAGGAACGGAUCAGAGAGGGUGGUCACCAGUGCCAGAGAACAUCUGUAUGAUCUGAGAUCUUUAGAGAGCUACCACUUUGUAGAUGAGAACGGGAAGGACCAAGGCGUGAAUGUCCGUCAGAAGGUGAAGGAGAUGGUGGACUUUGUCCAGGACGAUGAAAGGCUAAGGGAAGAAAGGAAAAAGGCUAAGAAGAACAAAGACAAGUAUGUCGGCGUUUCAUCCGACACGAUGGGAUACAGAGGCUAUUCCGGAGACAGGUACGACUCCAGUGACAGUCGAGGAAAGUGGGAUGACGACUGGGAGAGGAACAAAGGCCAGUUUCCCUUCAGCGAAAAGUUGGGAGAGCUUAGCGACAAAAUCGGCAGCACCAUUGAAGACACCAUCGGCAGGUUUAGGAAAAACGAAAGAGAUGACUCCCCCGAUCGUUUUAGUGAUAACGAAGAGGAACGGAGUCGCUCGUCGCACAACGGCAAGCCAGGUAAAGAGUUUAAAGACGACGAAGAAACAGUCACCACCAAGAGCGUUCAAAUCGUGCAAGCAACAGAAACCACCGCGACGCGGAAGAGGGGCGGAGUUCCAUCUAAAAAGGUGGACCUGGGGGCAGCAGCCCAAUACACAGGCGAAAGCAAUCCAGUCCCCUCCAGUUCUUCUCAGGCUCAGCCAGCCGCCGCGAAACCUGCCAGUGCUGGACUGGUAGACUUAAUGAUGGCUGACAUCACUCCGAGCCAGCCCGCUGCCACAGAUUUGAUCAGUGGAUUUGCUGACUUCUCCUCGCCAGCUGCGUCCGCCAGCCUCUCCGCUGGAUCUGCACCAGCCUCCAACACCAAUGGGGACUUUGGAGAGUGGAACGCCUUCCCCGGGGGCCAGAUACCGGCGUCUGCAGACACCAGUGCGAGUGACCUUUUUGGAGGCAUGACAGGAGGCCCGGCUGUGGCCCCCGCUCCUGCCCCAGCUCCUGGGCCUUCCUCGGCAGACCUGUUUGACCUGAUGGGACCAACUCAGACCUUCACCUCCUCCCAGAGCCUCAACUUUAGCAUGAACAACACGCAGAGCAUGAGCAGCACAGUCCUGCCACAGUCCCGUUCUCAGCCCCUUCAGACCAUGGGUGGUCCUCUUCAGCCACAGCCCGCUCAGUCCCUGCAACCGGCGCAGCAGGGUCCCGCAGCCAAAGCUCCUCUUCCUUCCACCUGGUCGGACCCCUCGGUCAACAUCAGUCUGGAUUUCCUGGGCCCAGGGAUGCACGCCCCCAAGGCCAGCCAGCCCAGCCUGAACUCCCUCCAGCAAGGUAGCAUGACGUCUCCCACCAUGCUGUCUCAAGGGAUGUCCGCCAUGAACCUGGGACCCAGCCCUGUCAGACCAGCCAUGAGUCCCAUGAUGCACCCCAGUGUGGGCAUGAUGGGCAUGGGCAUGGUCCCCAACCCGGCAAUGAUGGGCAUGAGCAUGAACAUGGGGAUGCCACAGUCGGGGAUGCCCAUGGGCAUGCCUGCGGCCAUGGGCAUGGGCAUGGGGAUGAACCCCGGCAUGGUCCAACAACCCAAAAAUGACGCCUUCGCUGACUUUGCCAACUUCGGGAAGUGACAGAGCCGCGGUCGCAAAUUGUUUCUGGAGCCUCUCUCUUUGUCCGUUGGUGAAGGAUUGUAAUGAGCUGCAAACAAAGAGUACUUGAAUCAUGUCAACGACCGUAAUAAUACAGACGCGCCGCCAUCUCCUCUGCUGGCUGCUGGAGGGGGGAGGGGUCACCGACGCGUCCUCCUCCUGCAGAACGUCAGGGUGUUUUCUUUUGUAACCUCAAUCAAGUGACACAGAGUAGAACCUGAUGUCAACAUUUGUAGCUGCGUUCUUUUUAUCAGUCUCCAUCCCCACUUUUUUUCUAACAGGCCGUUUUUAACUGUCUUCCGAGUCGCCAGUCUGUGUGUCUUUGCCCCGUCCUUUGACCUGUCGAUCCGAAGCCUUUCCAAUGAAGUACCUGACGGUGAGUUCAUGAUUCCAGACCCGUGACAAAGCACAGCGCCUGCUGGGGGUCUGCACACGAAGCGCCGCAGCUUACGAAUGAGGUGACUGAACUUGUGGAGAUUAAGGUGGAGCUUUCUUACGGAGGCCAUCAGAUGGUUGUUCUUAUAUAAAUAUCUAUAUUUUACACGUGGAUAAAGAGUAUAAUCAGAUGAGAUAAUCAGUAGCGGGAGGUGCUUUGAAAAUGGUUGUGGGGUUUUUGUGUGCCUGGAAAACCUUUAACCUCUUCAGUUUAACCGCAGUGUUGAAGUUUCCAUGUACAAGUGUUUGUACUCAUGCCUAAGCCAAGUGAACCAUGUACAGAAGAUUAUUUAAUAUAAGCUGUUUUAUUACGGUGGGCCUUAGUUCAGCAUCCCAACUGACUGUUAACGCAUAUUUAUGUCCUGGUUAUUACUGCCUUUCAAAUAUGUUCCUCCCUCAAAAAGGCUUCUUUCCCCCCACUUGGUUCGAUUUUGUCGUAAAAACUGUUCCCUCAUUUGUGCCUUCUAAUCGCAUGGAUGUUUAAAAUCCACGAUGGUUUAAGUGCCUGCUCACAGUCGCCUCCUGAACUUUAUAAUGAAUGAUAUUCUUGCCUGCUUGACAUUUUCGGGAUGUCAACGGCGAGAUAAAUAAUUCACUGACCAGAGAAGGCCGUGGAUCCUUCAGCCCCGGGAGAGUUGGACGCUCACAGUAGCCUUGAAUCCAAGCCUAAAGCAUCAUAAUGACCAAAAUCUGUCGCUUUCUUUUCUAUGACAAAACAGUAGAGUUUUAAGCCUUUUGUUUUCUAUUUCAAAUGAUUUUUUCUUUUUUGGAUCUCUUUAAGAUGGGGUUGUUACUGAGACACUAGUUUAUGCAAAUGUUGAAAUCCUUUUGAGAAAAUUUUGCGUUCUGUUGAUUUCCAGAGAUUCUUGAUCGACAACAUUA